CACUUCAUAUCUUUGGUAUCGGAGAGGCGAUGGCGGUGGUAGUAGAAGUGUUUAGAAUAUUUAAGUUUGCACUUGUCGCAAAGACUUAGUAGGACGCUGAUGUUAACGUAAAGUUGUGGGGCCCAAAUGUGGGCGAAUUAUGUUCAAGAUGCGAGUGAGUGUGAAGAAGACUGUUCAAUGGAGCUUCGUUUUAACAACUUUGUACAUAGCCUCAGUACAUUUCUUUUCGAAACGGUCAAUCUUAUCGGAUCGUAGGCCGAGCUUAGAUCGCGGUGAGCGGAGCUGGGACAAGACCAAUGAUGUGCCAGCCCGUUCACCCAGCCGUAAAGAUCGAGUGAUUCAGAGUCUUAGCCAAAAGCGAAAUAAGUCGGUAGGUUAUGGAAACCAGGAAACAGAACAUAACAUUAAUAAUUUAAUAUCAGAUUCCGCGUUUAUUGAUAAUGAAAAAGACAGGCUAGAAUUCCAAAGAAACCAUGAACGACUACUACCACCGCCCGAAGGAGUGAAACAGCUUAACCCCUCCAAAAUUUUAUCUGGAAACAGAACGUUAUUUACUGCUAAUAAUAACUUCAGAAAAACACUUUUGUCUGAUAUAUUUAUUGGAAUGAAAACGACAGAAAGAUAUCACAGGCAAAGACUAGAUAUACUUCUUGAAACAUGGGUGAAAAGAGCAAAAGAAGAGACUUUUAUAUUUACUGAUGAGGAGGAUAAGGAGUACAAACUUAAAGCAGGUGAUCAUCUUAUUGUUAGUAAUUGUUCCGCAAGGCAUUCAAGGCAAGCUCUUUGCUGUAAAAUGGCCGCCAUGUAUGAUAUGUAUUUAGAAUCUAACAAAAGAUGGUUCUGCCAUGUUGAUGAUGACAACUACCUAAAUGUCAAUCAGUUGGUGAAACUCCUAAACAAUUAUAAGCAUACAGAUGAUGUGUACUUGGGCAGGACAAGUCUCAGCCACCCAAUAGAAGCCACCGAUAGAAAUAGUCCAGAUUUGAAAAAAGUUAAAUUUUGGUUUGCAACUGGAGGUGCAGGAUUUUGUCUUAGCAAGGCUCUAGCAUUGAAGAUGAAAACAUAUGCUGGAGGAGGAACAUUUAAAAGUGUGUGCAAUAGAAUUCGUUUGCCUGAUGAUGUCACCGUUGGCUUUAUAUCAGAGGUGCUAUUAAAUACAAAAUUAACUCAAGUCAAGUUGUUCAACUCACACCUGCAAUCACUAUGGAACAUCCCACCUGAAAAACUGUCACAGCAGGUAACUCUGAGUUAUGGUGACAAGGCAAAACAUAAAAACAUUAUCAAACUGUUAGAUGGUUAUUUCAACGAUGUUGAGGACCCAACACGGCUGCUCUCACUACAUUGUAUGAUUUUUCCCGAUGAGGAUGUAUGCAAGCGGAAACGGCCAUCAUGAAUAUUUUUGCAAUGACCAAAAUGCAUGAACUGUCCAUGCAAAUCUACUGAUUGACAGUAUGGUAUGAGAUGACCAGAUGAUGUAGUAACAUGUUGCCAGGUGCAGUACUAAGGAGCCAUGGUGUCUAAGCAGUGGGCUAGGUGUAGCUGACAUGCAAUGCAAUGACCAAAAUGCAUGAACUGUCUAUGCAAAUUUACUGAUUUACAAUGUGGUACGAGAUAACCAGUUGUGUAUUAACAUGUCGCCAGGUGCAGUGCUAAGGAGCCCGGUGUCUUAGCAGUGGGCUAGGUGUAGCUGACAUGCCAGUGAGGUGAUUUUCAGUACUUUCGAAGUUGCUUCUAAUGGACCUUUCCACUUUGCCAUGCCCCUUGGAUAUUAUUUGCUAAGAUACAACAGUGUUAAAACAUGCAAACACUUGCAUUUGUAGGACACAGACAUGUUGUGAUUGGUCAGUUGUUUAGUUUGAUUGACACUUCAGAAAGGUCAAUGCUUCCCACCUUGAAGAGAAAAAAAUAGCCCAGAAGAAAAUUUACCAGUCAAUGUUGGUGUUGUUCUGCUGCUGUUAGUGAUAGUUAGUGAUACAAAUACAGUAUUAUUGCAAUUUUUGAAACUAUGCAACCAACUGUACCAAACAACUUAAAGAAUUUAUACUGUAAUGCAUAUAAAGUUAGUUCAUGCUUCCGAUAUAUAAAUAUAGUCAGUAAUGUAUUUAAUACUGAUGUUGCCUCUCUCGUGCCUCUCUAUUUUCUGAUAAAAUAGCAUUUUGAGAAAAAAAAGUAUUUUUUAAAUUGAGAUUAGAACAGCCGACCCUCUGAUUAUCAGUCAGUUCCUCUACCACCUAGGGUUUAGUGCUAUGCUUUUGUAUUUUUUAAUUACAACAUGGUUAUUUUUUAUAAGGUAUUACAUAAUAUGCAUUUUAUGUUCAAUCGUAUGGUAUUGCAGUUCAUACAGGAGAAAUUUAGGGCCUAUUUUAAAAUCUUACUAUUUAAAAAUGAUUAUUUAAUUGUACUUCUAUAUAACCAUCUUUGGGUGUAAUAUAACAUCAUCGCGCGCUGUGAGUACUGUUCCAUUAGGCCAUGUGUCUCUGUGACGGCAAGAUGUGUAAUUCGUAACGCUUGUUGCUAGGUGGAGUCCAUUGUGGCUUUAAUUAUAGUGUGACAUAUGCAUAAUCUAGAGAGUGGUGCACUUGGGGCUAUGCCUUUAGAGAUACACCUUUUCUUAAACCAUUAAAUUAACAAUAGCUUGGCGACAUAAUGCUGCCGUUAAUUUAUGCAAACAUGUGUGGUGCGAAUUGCAGGAGAACGGGGCAGUGAUACAAGUUUUCUCAAUUUGAUUUUCAUGUAAAUUGUUGAGAUUAUUUUAGGAUAGUUCAUGGGUGAAUUUUCUUAUUUUCUUUUUUAGAAACUUUGAGAUGAUUUUUAAUUGUGUAAGGCGCUUAUAAAAGUCAAUUUCCAUUUCCAUAUAUGGGCACAUCACAUACAUUUGUUACAUAAAUUUGAUAGUGUGGACUUAGCAAUUGGAGUUGAAGUUUGAAAAUAUCAAAUGUACACUUAAACUGAAACAUGACAUUGAAAUAGAAAGAAAAGAUAAACGAUGUACUCAACAAGAAGUAAAUUGGGUAUAAAGGUCGAAAGAAAACAUUUUUUACUAGAAAUUGGCCUCAAUUUAUAUCAGAAAUUAGGAAAGUGGUUUAUGUUGUUCUGAACUGUCUUUUCUUAACCCCUUUUAAUUAUUAUUUUCCUUUAAACAUCCUUUAACCUCUCAUUUUCCCCAUACUGUUCUACAUUUAAACUUCCUAUCUUAUAACUUCAGGGUCACUAGUUGGCAGAAUCCGCUUCAAGAAGAUGUGAUUUAUUGGGCUUUUUUUAAAUAUUUUUAUCACAUUUAAUGUAGACGAGAUGCAGCUUGGUAGGUAAGAUACUUGAUUUCCAAUUCCAGGGUCAUGGGUUCAAAUCCUGUGACUUCAGGGAGAAAAUAGACUAGUCUUCCUUUAUUCUGAAUUUCUGGAAAUUGUGUUAGUUGACAUAGACUUUGACUUGUUUUCAGGAAUGCAGGAGACUGCUAAUUUCUUUGGGACUCCUGUGACUUUGAAUCCUAGUAAUGUUUACCCCUUCACCCUUCACUAUUUAAUCCAAUUUUCUUCACCCUUUCUUCUUUAAGUCUUUCAACUUAACCCAUUCCCUUUCAUCCUGCUUUUUCUAUUUUCACCAAAAAUAUCAUUAAAAUUGUUAUUUCGGUUUGUUCAAUAGACAUGAAUAAAUUUCCUUGAUGACAACUUAUGUAAUUAAGAAGUGGCAUAUUAUUAUUAUUGUUAUUUCAAAUUACUUGUUAUAAAUAUACAUUUGUUAAGUAAGAAAAAGAAA